CAUGGAAUCAUUGUCGAAUCCAAAUCGGGAGUCAAGACAGGAAUUAAUGAGAAACCGAAAAGGCUGCGCGCAAUGGAAAGAACGAUAAACAAUCUCCAGAAAUCAAUAAAGGGUCGUCUUCCACGACAAGGGCCAAAUAACAAAGAUGGCAUGUUUGUUGGGGACAGAAUCCACGUUGCUAACUUGCUGUUCUCGCUGAUUCAUCAUCCCAUUCCCGUUCCAUCCCACUGUCCGAAAAAAGGGAAAUUUAGAAAAGGGAAGAUCCGUCCUUGCUUUCACACCUCGUACAAAGCCUAUCUCCAUCCUCCGUCCAUAAAAGCCCAUCACCUUAUUCGCUUUGCAUAUCAGACACUACACAGACAUCUCAGAGAGAGAGAGAGAGAGAGAGAGAGCGGGGGGGACAUGAAAAUGGCUUCUAGUCGUGUUUGUUCUAGGAGUGGUUUCUGGGUCGUGUUUCUUGUCCUGUUGGGUUCGAGUUGCUCGGAGGGACAGAUGGUGCCCGCGGUUUUCGUGUUCGGAGACUCGCUCGUGGACGUGGGCAACAACAACUACUUGCCCGUCUCGUUCGCAAAAGCCGACUUCCCGCACAACGGCGUGGAUUGCCCCACCCACAAGCCCACCGGAAGGUUCAGCAACGGCAAGAACGCCGCGGAUUUUCUCGCCGAGAAGUUGGGGUUGCCGACGUCGCCGCCGUAUCUGGCCCUCAUCUCCAACUCCAGCCAGAGCAAUUCUUCGUCGCCCUUCCUCACCGGCGUUAGCUUUGCCUCCGCAGGUGCUGGCAUCUUUGACGGCAUUGACGAGGAAUUUCAUCAAGCGAUUCCUUUGACCAAGCAAGUGGAUUACUUCCUCGCGGUGCACGAUAACCUGGUGCGACACAUGGGAUCGUCUGGUGCCCAGAAGCACGUAGCCAAGUCCCUCUUCGUCAUCGUCAUCGGCAGCAACGACAUCUUCGGCUACUCCAGAUCCUCCGAUACCCGCAAGCAGCACACGCCGCAGCAAUACGUCGACCUCAUGGCUUCUUCGCUGAAGGAUCUGUUAAAGCGUCUCCACAGUUACGAUGCGCGCAAGUUCGCCUUCGCGGGGCUCGGGCCGAUCGGAUGCUGUCCAUCACAGAGGAACCAGAACAAAACGGCCGCAUGCAAGGAGGACACGAAUUCCUGGGCGCGCAUGUAUAACGAAGCGCUCCUGGCAAUGUUGAAGGGAUUGAAGUCCGAACUCGAGGAGAUAAGCUACAGUUACCUGGACACCUACACCGUCCUGCAAAACUUCAUUCAGAAUCCAUCUGCUUAUGGUUUUACAGAGGUGAAAGCAGCUUGCUGCGGUCUCGGUACCCUGAACGCAAAAGUUGCAUGCUUACCAAUUUCAGAGUACUGCCCCAACCGGCGAGACCAUGUGUUUUGGGAUCGAUACCAUCCCACAGAAGCGGCGGCCCGCAUUAUGAUAGACGAAGUCUUCCAUGGUUCGCCACAGUACGCGUACCCAAUGGACCUCCAGCAACUGGCCGCCGUCCAGGCUUAAGCAAAACAAAUAACACAAAUUCGAAGAAAAAAAAUUUCAGACAGGAAGAUUACAUAGUACAGGUUGUCUAUAUAUCGUCUAAAGCGAUUUGGUGUUUGGGGAUACAUGGGUUAAGGAAAAUCGUUGCUUUUGCAGAUGUCAUUCUGUUGCAGGGCUUUGUAUAUCAGAAGAAAGUGCAUCUUCAGUUAAUAUUGUUAUUUGCGUUAAUCUCAGAGCAACUAUAAAAAUUCCAACAAACGGACGAGAGAUCCAGUCACUAUUUCCUUUCCCUUUUUGGGUAGACAGAAAGUAUUACUAUAAACCGAAGCAUCCAAAAAAGGCUAGAUUUGGGGAAUGCUCCCAGUAACAUUUACACCGGAGGUUCAUAGUAGAAGCGAAAAUUUCCGCAAGGUGAAUGGACAAUGAUCAGUAGAUGGAAGGCCAACUUACACUUACUCAAUGUUCAUGGUCUCUCUACUUAACUUUCGAGAGGGCAGGAGAUGAGAUCUAGCGGACGUCAAGAGGAGACA